CAUGGGUGCACCGGGACGACACACGCUCUGGACCCUGUGCGUCUGCUUUGCGGCCCUUCAGACAAAUGCUUUGAGGGUGACCAUGAGAGAAUCCACGGUGGAAGUGGUCCGAGGGGAUUACGUCAUCCUGCCUUGCUCCUUCUUCACCUCCAGCCCCCUCUCCCGACUCAACAUAAUCUGGACCAUGGCUCCCUUCUCCAGUCCGGAAUCCCCCAUUCAGGUGAUUGUGUAUGACCACGGCCAGAUUAUAGAAGACCCCUCCCUCAUCGGCAGGGUGGGCUUUACAGGUAUCCCAUGGAGUGCAGACAUCAUGGUGAACGAUACUCACGUGUCGGACGCUGGGAUUUAUCGCUGCAUGGUCAACAACCCUCCAGAAACGGCAGAUCCCGGCAUAGGAGAACUCCAGCUCACUGUUUUAGUGGCACCAUCGCUGCCCGCGUGCCAGUGGGACGGCAACACAGACGCGGGGGGUAGCGUCACGUUGUCCUGCUCGGUUGCCGAGGGCAUUCCCACUCCGGAGAUCCACUGGGAUAAACUCAACCCAGAGGAAAUUUCACUUCCUAUCAACAUGGAGGGCGAGCUGUCGGGUUCAGUCCAGAUUGUCAAUGUGUCCUCACAAACAUCCGGCGUGUAUCGUUGCUCCGCUUCCAACGUCCUUGGGACGGAGAACUGCUACGUCAACCUGUCCGUCUUCAGCGCGGUGGCAGGGAAUUCUUCAGGCAUCCUGGAGGGGGUGCUGCUGACUUUGUCCAUGAGCUUGAUGCUGCUGGCCUUGGUGGUGCUCAUGACGUGGCUUCAUCGUACAGGCCAGGACGGCCGAUGGAGGCUCUCCAAGGAGGAGGAGGAUGAGGAGGGCUACAAUGAGAUCCGCUAUACUCCAUCCUUAAUGAAGCGCUCCUUUGUGUAA